AUUUCCUCCAAUUCCGGUUGAUCAAAAUCCAAAACUUGUGAAUAUACAAUCUACACGCUUUUCUCCCUCUCUCUCUUUUGAAAAGUUUGCAAAACCAAACUUCAAAGUUUCCCAAAUUAAAAAAUUAGACGGCUAAGUUAAGCAACCCAAUUACUCAAAGUAUCUUCCUUUCCCUUUGUUUUUCACUAGAUUUCUCUUCUUACAAAUAGAAUCUUCUUGUAUUUCCUAAAUUAUUGGAGCUUCAAUUAAUUAAAUUUAAUUCACUUAAUUAUACAAGUAUUUAAUUGAUACUUUUGUAAGUCAAUUUGGGAAAUUACUAAUUUGGAGUGAUGACUACUUUGGCUGCCUCGAUGUUGCUACCAUCAAAGCUCAAACCUUGUUUUCCUGAAGAUAAAUCAUCUCUUUUUAGUUCCAGAUGUAGCAAAUCUUCAUCCAAGAGAAACCAAUCUCAAUCUCCUUCCCCUGUGAUGAGAUUAUUUGGGCCAGCAAUAUUUGAAGCAUCAAAAUUGAAAGUAUUGUUCUUGGGAGUUGAUAAAGAGAAAGAGAAACACCCACCAAAGUUGCCCAGAACUUAUACUCUUACUCAUAGUGAUAUUACCUCCAAGAUCACUUUGGCUAUCUCUCAAACUAUUAACAAUUCCCAGUUGCAAGGAUGGUAUAACAAAUUGUAUAGAGAUGAGGUGGUGGCAGAAUGGAAGAAAGUGAAGGGGAAAAUGUCACUACAUGUUCAUUGUCACAUUAGUGGUGGUCAUUUCCUCUUAGAUUUGUGUGCAAAAUUGCGAUACUACAUCUUUUGCAAGGAGCUUCCUGUGGUACUGAAUGCAUUUGUGCAUGGGGACGAAAAUUUGUUCAACAACAACCCAGAAUUACAAGAAGCAAUGGUGAUGGUGUAUUUCCAUUCAAGUAUCCCUGAAUUCAACAAAGUCGAAUGUUGGGGCCCACUCCAUGAGGCACUAGACCUUACUUCCAAAAACAAGAAGAAGGUGAUGAUGAUGACGAUAAAUCAACAUGAUAGCAAGCAAGAUGACGAUGAUGACGAAGAAGAAGAAGAAGAAGAAGUUGCUUCAUUUACAAGCAACUCGAAAUGGGAAGAAAUAUUAGAGCCUUGCACGGAACCAUGUAGAUGUUGCUUUCCACCUACUAAUUUGAUUACUUGGACUCCUUCAUUAUCACAACAUCAUCAUCAACAACAACAACUUCCUGGAGACGUUUCGAUUCCGCCAUCGUAAUUAAAUCAAUGACAAAUUUGAUUAUAUAGUCAUGAUUUAUUUUGUAUAUAACACGUAUGUACGUACAAGUAGAGAACUCAAUCUUAGGUAAUUAAAUAUAUAUAAUUAGUAAAUCGAAAACUACCAAGAAUUUGGGUGGCUAAAGGAGCCCCAAUUAAUUACAUCGGAUCGGAACAUCUUGGAGAGUUACACUUACAUCGUAUCAUAUAUUCAUACGUAGUAUAUCAUAUAUGGCUUGUAUUUGUGACUUAAUUUGUCAAUAUCAGUCACCUUCGCUCUCACCCCCAAUGUUAUGAUGGGGUUGAAAGUAUUUAUAAAUUCAUGGACUUUUGUAUAUACACGUUGAUUGUUUUUGGGACUA